AUGCUUGGGCUUAUUGCCUUCUCCCGUUUCUUACCCGACAUGUUCAGAAACCUUGAACCGAAUGAUAGGACCACUGAGCAGUUCCGUAAGCUAUUUAUCGGUGGCUUAAAUCCUCAAACUACCGAAUCGAAUUUGAGAGAAUACUAUGGACAAUGGGGGGAAAUUGUGGAUGCGGUCGUCAUGAAAGAUAAACGAUCUAGUCGGUCUAAGGGCUUCGGCUUUGUUACGUACAAGGAGCCUGAGAUGGUGGAUGCUGCACAGUCACAGCGGCCUCAUUCUAUUGACGGGAAGACUGUCGAAUCAAAGCGAGCUAUGCCACGUGAGGACUCACAUAACCCAGAGGCUCAUAUGACCGUGUCUAAGCUAUUUGUUGGCGGCCUCAAAAAAGAGGUCACCAAUGAGGAUCUCAAUGACUGUUUCGUCAAAUACGGCAACAUCCGAGAGUGCGAAGUUGUAAAGUUCAAAGAGUCUGGUGAAAGUCGAGGAUUCGGAUUUGUUACCUUCGAUGACUAUGACUCGGUUGAUAAAGCAAUUUUAUACAAGCCUCAUUUCAUAGGCGCUAGCAGGGCCGAUGUGAAGAAGGCACUUAGCAAGGAGCAGAUGAAUCAAAUGAGAAGAAAACAGGAAGCCAGAUAUGAUGGCUAUGGUGGUGGCUACAAUAAUGAUUACAAUGGUGGCUAUAAUGGCACGGCUGGUCUUCCGCAAAUGGGGGGUGGGUACACUGGCUACGGUAACAAUUGGGGUAAUGGCUAUGAUUUACUCAAUGGUGGCAAUCCUCUAGGUAAUGGAGGCGUUUGGGAUGGACAAAUAAGCAGUGGUGGAGGUAGCGUGGGCGGGGGCCAUUGGGGUGGGAUGGGUGAUGGCUUUGGCAGCUACGGAGGUCAACAACAUUAUGUUGGUGGGCCAAUGCGAUCAAACAACCAGGGUUAUCAAAGGAGUGGUCCUUACGCUGGCGCAGCAUUAGUCAGCGACGAUAUCGUAUUUCAG